AUGCAGCUCUUCAACCUACUCCAACUUCUUACAGUAAUCUUAAUCAGUACUACCAUCAAUUGUGAUGUAUUCGUGUGCCCCACGCCAGCAGACAGGCAGAACGCCAUCAAUGAUCCAAAUAGGUUUACUCCCAGAGACGCCGGUUAUUGUGCCAGACCGAUCAGUGGUGCCGAGCGCAAAGAAGACAGAAAGCUGGGUUACUCAACGCUGGACGGUUAUGCUGCCUGGGUCGUUCGAGCCUGGCCAGUCCGCGGAGGCGCCACAUGCGAUGGAAUGAUGGUGCACGGCCGGGGCCAACAUGCCCAGUUCAGAUUUUGCUCUGUGCGUGGGUUGAUAUCUGACAGCCUGUCGGAAACAAAGAUGACACAACGCGACAUAAAUAUACUGACCACCCAUGUAUGA